UGUAACAGUUGGAAACAUGGAAGCCACAAUCCCAAACCUCAAACUCGGAGCCUUUCACUCACUCUCAUCCAACCUCACACUCACACCACCAUUUUCUCUCAGAUUUUCCCUCACUUUCCCAGAAACUAGUAGAAAGAAAUCCACCACUCUUAGGCAAACUUUUUCUUCUUCAAUCUCUCACAUUCGCCUAAGAGUGUCUGCAAAUUCCCAAGCAGCCCCUGCUUCAACCCAAGCUACCAAAGUCUCCUCCAUACCCCCUGAAAUGAAGGCCUGGGUAUAUGGCGAAUAUGGAGGUGUGGAUGUUUUGAAGUUUGAUGAGAAAGUUUCUGUGCCUGAAGUGAAAGAGGACCAGGUUUUGAUCAAGGUUGUUGCUGCUGCUCUUAACCCAGUUGAUGCCAAGAGAAGGCAGGGCAAGUUCAAGGCCACUGAUUCUGCUCUUCCGACUGUUCCAGGAUAUGAUGUUGCUGGGGUGGUGGUAAAAGUUGGCAGUCAAGUAAAGGAACUAAAGGAAGGGGAUGAAGUAUAUGGUGACAUAAAUGAGAAAGCGUUGGAAGGCCCUAAACAGUUUGGUUCGUUAGCUGAGUAUACUGCUGUGGAAGAGAAGUUAUUGGCAUUGAAACCCAAGAAUCUGGAUUUUGUACAGGCUGCUGCACUUCCUCUUGCCAUAGAGACAGCAUAUGAGGGUCUCGAAAGGACUGGUUUUUCUGCUGGUAAAUCUAUUCUUGUUUUAAAUGGUUCUGGUGGUGUUGGAAGCCUAGUGAUUCAGCUCGCAAAACAUGUGUUUGGUGCUUCUAAAGUUGCGGCUACUUCAAGCACUAGAAAUUUGGAGAAGUUAAAGAGCUUGGGUGCUGAUUUAGCUAUUGACUACACUAAGGAAAACUUUGAAGAUUUGCCAGAAAAGUUUGAUGUGGUAUAUGAUGCUAUUGGGCAAUGUGAUAGGGCAGUGAAGGCUGUGAAAGAAGGGGGCAGUGUAGUGGCCUUAACUGGUGCAGUCACACCCCCUGGUUUUAGAUUUGUGUUGACUUCCAAUGGAGAAGUUCUUAAGAAACUAAACCCAUAUUUGGAGAGUGGAAAGAUAAAGCCAGUAAUUGAUCCAAAAGGGCCAUUCCCAUUUUCCAAGGUUGCUGAAGCUUUCUCAUACAUUGAAACUAACCGAGCUACUGGCAAGGUUGUUAUACAUCCAAUUCCAUGAUGAAGUAGAAAAUGGGGCCAUUUUGUAAUGCACUAUAUAUAUAUAUAAUUCGAGUUACAGACUUUGAAUGCUCAA